AUGGAUCAAACCGGAGGGUUUCUAUUCCCCCCUUUGGGAGAAAAUAAACCUUCCAACGACCCUCUCAUUAUCCAAGCCGCGGUAUUUAAUAUUGAGGUGUGGAGGGUCUACCUAGAUAGCGGGAGCGAGUGCAAUGUCAUCUUCGAACACUGCUUCCUUAAGUUACCAGAUGCCCUACGAGCCCGGAAGGUAGAUCCCCAGGGCCUGUUAAUCGGUUUUUCGGGAGAACAUGCAUGGCCGCUAGGGGAAAUUGACGUAGACAUCACUAUUAGCGACGGGAUAUACGAAAAGACCGAGACUCUGGAUCUCUCAAAAGUACGAUCCCCUUUGCCCUAUAACAUUCUCUUAGGGAGAACCGCAAUGCAACGGCUGGAAAUGGUGCCCUCAGGGAUCCAUAGGCUCGUGAAGUUCCAAUCCGAAACGGGGAUAGGAACAAUUAAGCAAAUUAGCGACGUGAAAAGGGCUGAGGACAGAAGCUCCUCUGUCCCGAAGGACACGCAGGAAGAGGAAAACACGAUAAAGAUCAUAGUCAACCCAAACUACCCGUAUCAGACGAUCUCUAUUGGCAUACACUUCUCAGACGGAUGCAAACAUAAGCUCCGAAAAUUGCUGCAGCCAAACAUGGAUAUUUUUGCAUGGGAGUACAAAGACAUGACCGGAGUCCCUCGGGUCCUCACGUUGGAAGGGAAGCCUUUCGUAACGGAGCACCGUCUGAACGAACGAAAGCACAUAGAGCCAGUUCACCAGAAAAAGCGCAGCCUCUCCGCCGACAGAGACAAAGCUGCUAGAAAGGAGGUAGAAGAACUACUGCAAGCCGGAAUAGUAAGAGAGUCCACAUACCCGGUCUGGGUCGCUAAUCCAGUAAUGGUAAAGAAAGGAGACGGGGGGUGGCGGAUGUGUGUCGACUUCACAAAUAUAAACAAAGCUUGUCCCAAAGACUGCCACCCCCUACCUGAGAUCGAUUGGAAGGUGGAAUCGCUAACGGAGCACAAGCUAAAGUGCUUCUUGAACCUACUGCUAUCCAAAAAUGCCAUUUGUUUUAAAGAACGCAGGAGCUAUGUACCAAAGGUUGGUCGACAAGGCCUUCGCCACACAAAUAGGAAGGAACCUGGAAGCAUAUGUUGA